GCUCCCUACAAAAGAUAUCUCAAUUAGCAAAGUUCUUGAGGCAGCAUGCAGAUAAUCGUUAUCACACAACCAUUGGAAAUCUAAGAAUCAAGAUCCGUAUCUUGUUGCAAGUGCAAAUGCAAUCUUUCGAGAUUUUACGCUUGCAUUCGCAGUUUGAUUCUAGAAGGAUCAACAUCAAAAUCUGAUUUCUAAUAUUCAUAAAAAGUACACAGUGCGAUAUAAUCCUGCAAGAAGAUUUUAAUAUUUUAUUACUCAAAUCAUCUUUUGCCGGAUUUUGGAAAACAUUUUCUUAUACAUAAAAAUCUGUGCCGGAAGAGCUUUUUAGUCAGGCGCGAUGGCGAGUGAGAGACUGGACCUGGACAAGCCUUUGUGGGAUCUUAACACCUUCGUCGGAAGAUGGAAGUAUUUCGCGUGGAUGACCGACUUCCGUACCUGCGUCGUGCGCGAAUCGGAGUUGAUAGCUGCCAAAAAUUUAUGCGAGCAAUAUAGACUUGGAAAGGAGCCAGCCGAUACGACCAGGGAGCAAAUUAUCUAUGCGAAGAAGCUAUAUGAGUCGGCCUUUCAUCCUGACACCGGCGACCUGCAAAACGUCUUCGGCAGAAUGUCUUUUCAGGUGCCGGGAGGAAUGGCUAUCACUGGUGCAAUGCUUCAAUUUUACAGGACAACGCAAGCGGUAGUUUUCUGGCAAUGGGUCAACCAGUCUUUUAACGCGCUCGUCAAUUAUACGAACAGAAACGCAAAUAGUCCUGUAACCACCAAUCAGCUUGGCGUAGCGUAUAUUAGCGCUACCGUUGCAGCGAUGAUAACAGCGAUAGGAUGUAAAUCAUUUUGGGAAAAGCGCGCGAGUCCUCUCAUGGCUAGGUACGUCCCGUUCGCCGCAGUGGCAGCCGCUAAUUGCGCUAAUAUCCCUCUAAUGAGGCAGAACGAAAUCAAUAAUGGCGUGGAUCUCAUUGACGAAGACGGCAAAAAACUUACAAAAUCGAAGCUUGCGGCUGUGAAAGGCAUCAGUCAAGUAGUCAUUUCGAGAAUCGUCAUGUGUGCACCCGGCAUGCUUAUCUUACCGCCCAUAAUGGAAAGGUUGGAAAAAUACGCGUGGAUGCAACGAAUUAGACCUUUGCACGGGCCGAUGCAAAUAAUGAUGUGCGGUGUUUCGUUGUCGUUCAUGGUGCCGACGGCGUGCGCAUUGUUCCCGCAAAAUUGCUCCAUCAAGGCGACCACUCUGCAGCGCUGGGAACCAGAAAAUUACGAGUUGUUGAAGAAAAACUGCGAAGACGGCAAACUGCCGACAUAUUUGUAUUUUAACAAGGGAUUAUAAUGUACUUAACACACGCAAGGGGGUAUAUAAAAAAUUCUAAUGUUAUGAAAGUCUCUUAAAUAAGCGCUAAUUCCAUCCUUUGUAAAUGUUGUUGUUUCAAAUGAUGCACACGCAUGGCAAACUCUUCUGCGGGAUCAGAGGCGAAGCCAUGUAAAUAUAAUCGUUGUUAAAAAUUAGAGUCAAUUAUUACAAUAGGACCCUCCCGAGUUUUUCGUUAAAAAUUUACAUUCUUUGACGUGAUUUGAAAUACAUCAUUUUGAAUAACACCGCGCCAUGAUUAAAAUAGCACUGUUAGAAAUUAGAAUUAAGUCACAAAACGUAAUAUUCACUGAGUGAUGAAAUAAAAUUCCAUCGACACGCUAAAAUGUGUGAGAAAUCGAGAGCCGCGAUACAAUAGGAAUUAUAAGUGAGAAGAAUGAAACGUUGACAAUACAAGUGCUUUACUACAGUAGUCUAAUCACAUAAAGCAAUAAUUUCCUUUCAACACUCAAUGAUUCCUCUCAAGCAUUUUAACGUUAAUUAUUAAGUUUUAUAUGUUUUAAAUGUCGUAAAAUUGUUUUUUUGCAAAAUAACAUUAGAAUAUCACUUGAUAUGAUUGUUGAUAUUGUUUACCUUGCAUUUAAGAAAUCUGUAAACGAUAAAAAUGCUGCCAUAAAUAAUUAUAUUAGCGACAACAAACUUUGCUACACAAUUAAAAAUGUAGUAAUAUAUAUAAACAAUGUUAAUAAACGUUGA